AUGUCUACGUCUAUUACUGCCGACGAGGACUGGUCCAUUAUUUCUUCUUCUUCCGACAUUGACGACGAGUCGCCCUCGGUCUCGUGCAAUGAUAAGAGCGACUCCGAGCCCGUGGCGGUUGGUCUGAUGGGGUUGGACCCUUCCGCCACCGCCCUGAGACCUGAUUUGGGUCCCCCUGCUGAUUCCGUGAACACGUUGACUGGCCACGAGACGACUGGCGAUUUGAAGGGGGAGACGGGUGAAUUUGAGGAUACGGCUGUCAGGGGCGACGAGGCAGCCACACCUGUUUCGAUCUCCACUCCUGAGACUUCGGACUUGGACCUGGCCCAUGGGACUGCUGAGGACCAGGAAUUGAGAUACCAGGGUGUUGAGAGAGUUAGGGAUGCUCGUGAGACCGUGGAGAAUGAAGAGGCCGAGGAGACUCAGGUGGAUCAGCCAGACCAGGUGUCUCAGGUGCCCCAGACUCCUGAGUUUCCUCUGGUCCCACAGGUCCCACCAGUUGCAGAGGCUCCAGAGGUUCCUCAGGUUGAUUUUCCUACCGAGAAGAAACCAGCCAUUGAAACGCCACCGGCUGCCCCACACUGUUCUGCCUUUUGCCUCGGCAAGACCCUUUCGCUUAUCGAUUCCAAAAUCAGGAGCGCCUCUAGACUGAUCUAUAGAGUUUUGUUCGCUGAUUCAUACCAGGUUAUCGACACCAAGCGCAGGGAGUUGCUCUGGGACUUUAGUUUCCUCCAGCACGCCCGCUACUCGAUCUUGUCAACCCUCAACCGUAAUCAGGAUUUCUUGUUGUAUUAUGCCGUGGGAUUGGCUGUGUCGAUUGUUUCCGUGGCAGUGCUCCGUCCAGUUAAAGAGGUUCCGCCAGAGUUGACUUUUGCGGAUAAACUUAAUGCUUUCUGGACAGAGUUUGCUUACGAGGAGAUUGCUCCCGAGAAAUCUCGUCUGUUCUUGUUUGCUCGCGGCGAACAGCCUCAGCGUCAGUUGAAAGUCGUUAAAGCCUGGGAGCAUGCUGUGGAGAAUGGGCCCCGCUUCUGGGCUAGUGGCACUGAGGCCACCAAACGGUUCUUUGAAGGAAGCGCUGAAUGGGGAAUGACGCAGUGGAGUAUCUUCAAGAAUUCGGCAGAAACGCAACAUUUCCAAGCAGCAGUAGCUGACGCUCGUGAUAAAGCAGUGGAAUUCGGUAAUGAUCGUGCUAUUCCGUUCAUCAAGGAUGCUUUCCAGCAAAGUAAAGUAACUGCAGAUGCAUUGGGAGCUCGCUCAAAGGUGCUAGCGCAGGACGCUGCCAGUCAUGCUGGCGCUUGGUCCCAGCAGAUGAACACACAAGCCCACCUGUUGUGGGAAAAGGUUGUUCGGGAAGCACCUUCCAUCAAGACGACGAUUGAUAACACAAGCAGGGACUUGUACAAGCGUUUGGCCAGAAUGAGCGACGAUCAGAUCUACGCGUCGAUUUUUAAUUACAUCGAUCAUUUGUUUGAUAUUAUAAAGCCCAAGGAAGUGUUCUAUAUGGCCAUUGAUGGUGUAGCUCCGAGGGCGAAAAUGAACCAGCAGCGUGCAAGACGUUUUAGAACUGCUUUUGAGGCAGAAGAGAAUCUUAAAAAGGCUAUUGAAAGUGGUGCUGAAAUUCCAAAGGAGGACCCUUUCGACUCUAACUCGAUUACCCCUGGUACAGAGUUCAUGGCCAACUUGACCGACAACUUGAAGUAUUUCAUUCACAAGAAGAUGUCUGAGGAUACCCGCUGGUCCAGUAUAAAAGUGGUGCUUUCGGGCCACGAGGUGCCCGGAGAGGGAGAGCACAAGAUCAUGCAGUUCAUUAGAACGAUGAAAUCCCAGGACAGCUAUAACCCUAACUUGAGACACUGUAUUUACGGUUUGGAUGCCGACUUGAUCAUGUUGGGUUUGGUUGCCCACGACUCCCACUUUUCUUUGUUGCGUGAAGAGGUCACUUUUGGCCCUGGCUCGCAGAAUAAGAGUAACGAUGUUCACGACCAAAAGUUUUUCUUAUUGCAUUUGUCAUUGCUUAGAGAGUACUUGGCUUUGGAGUUUAAAGACUUGGAAAACAACAUUUCCUUCGAGUACGACUUUGAGCGUGUAUUGGACGAUUUUAUUUUGAUCAUGUACGUUAUCGGUAACGAUUUCUUGCCCAACUUGCCUGAUUUACAUAUCAAUAAGGGUGCGUUCCCUCUUUUAAUUGGUACUUUCAAGCAGAGUAUGCUACACUCGGAUGGUUACUUGAAUGAAGGUGGUAAGAUCAACUUCAAGAGGUUCGGCACCUGGCUUGAGUACUUGUCUGAGUUUGAGUUGGAGAACUUUGAGAAACAAGACGUUGAUGUGGAAUGGUUUAACAAAAGAUUGGAAGAGAUUUCCAUCACUGGAGAAAAGAAGAGAGAAAGAUCAGGUAAGAUGCUUGUUUUGAAGGACCAAAAGAAGUUGGUCUAUCUCAUAAAGCCAUGGCUAUUGGAGCUCGGUCAUCGUCCUGUGAAGGAGCUCUUGGAACUUGCCGAUGCACAGAAGUUGCCACUGCUUCCGUUACCAAAGGAAGAGGUGGAGGCUCAUCUUCCGUUUAUUAAGCAGUUCGCUUUAGAAGCAGGCUUCCUCAUUGUUCAUUCUAGAACCAACGACACUUACGAGGCUAUCAUUGAUGUUGAUGGCAUCUCUCCUUAUGAAAGUGAGGAGGACUACAACGAAAGAGUAGCAGACAUGAAGAAGGUAAUUAGAAAGUACCAGAACGCCAACAUGUUUGCUACUGAAGAGUUGAUGAAGGAAACUAAGGAUUUGUAUGACGCUAAGUUCGUGGAUUGGAAAGACAAGUACUACAGAGACAAAUUACAUUUCUCCAUCCACGACGAGGACAAGAUGGUUGACUUGACUAGACAUUAUUUGGAAGGUUUGCAAUGGGUGUUGUACUACUACUACAAGGGUUGCCGCUCCUGGAGUUGGUACUUCAGAUUCCAUUAUGCGCCUAGAAUCUCCGAUAUUGCUGUUGGUAUCAAGGAUAUGGUUGAAAAGGGUGAAACAGAGAUUCCUUUCGAUCAAUCGACUCCUUUCAAACCAUUCGAACAGCUCAUGGCUGUGUUGCCUGCAAGAUCCAGAAAGUUAAUGCCCGAUGUGUAUAGGCCCUUGAUGACCGAAGAACACUCGCCAAUCAAAGACUUCUAUCCACAUGAGGUGGACAUUGAUCUUAAUGGUAAGACGGCUUCUUGGGAAGCUGUUGUCUUGUUGGACUUUGUUGAUGAAAAGAGACUUCUCGAGGCUUUGAAGCCAGUGGAGCCUAAGCUACUGGCUUCGGAAGCGAAGAGAAAUAGCCACGGCAAGGACAUUAUCUUUAUCUUCAAUCCUCAGAACGAUUCUGUUUACCCAACGCCACUCCCUGGAUUCUUCCACGAUAUUGAGCAUGACAGAUGUUACGAAGAGUACUUUGAUUUGCCUGUUUUAGAUCCAGAGUUCAAGUUUGCUUUGCCAGAGGGAGCUAAGUUGGGCAAAGAGCUACUAGCCGGUUUCCCUACCUUAUACACUGUGCCUUUUGCAUCUGAAUUGUAUUUGCUGGAAGUCAAGGUAUUUAACUUCCCGUCGCGUUCUGAGUCUAUGAACCUUAAGAUUGAAAACAUUUGGAACGACAUGUCCACCCAGCAAUUCAGUCAAAAGUUCUUGGGUAAGAUCGUUUACAGUAACUGGCCUUUCUUGACCGAGUCAAGAGUGACUGAAGUUUGGGAUGGUCAGUUCAAGUACGAAAAGGUUAAGGUUAGCACUGGCCGUAAGUUUGUGGUGAACGAGUUGACCCCGGACGAGAUCAAGGAGUUCAAGCAAAUGAGUAACGGUCUCCGUGGUGAGUAUGCCAAGACCAAGGCUGUUCAUCUCAAGGAAAUUGACGCAAUUGUCUUUGUUCAGCGUAUCAAGGGUAUGGUCAGGGCUCAAUCUGGAGCCUACGUCAAGGCCUUUGCCUAUGAUCUGGAGCCUGUUCCUAUUCAGAUGAUUGUUGAAGACGUUGUUAACGAGGAUGAGAGAUAUGCCGUGAAGCCUCCAUUGCCAAUUGAUGAAGAAUUUCCUACUGGUUUGCCAGUUGUAUUCUUGGGUGCUUUCGCUUACGGUGCCCCAGCUACAGUCGCUGGUUACACUGGGAAUGAUAAGAUCAAUGUCAGAGUUGAGAAGAUCCAGUCUACCUUGGAGCCUAAUAUCGGUAGGAAGCGUGUUGACAUCGAAGAACGUGAAAUCAGAUACCUCACCUCCUAUGAGGCUGCUAAGGUGUUGAGAGUGAACGGUCUCUUUUUGUCCAAGAUCACUGGGUCGUUCAUGCUCAGGGAUAAGAAGGGAGGCCGUGUCAAUGUCGGUUUGGAUAUCAAGUUCGAUGCUCGUCGUUUGAAGGUUUUGGGUUAUACCAGGAAAGACGGAAGAUUCUGGGAGUAUUCCCCAUUAGCAAUGAAGUUGAUCAAGGAUUACCAACAGAAGUUCCCUAAGCUUUUCAAGAACCUCCUCAACUUGAAGGAUCGUCGUGACAUGCCACCUAUCGCUGAGGUUAGCAGUGAAGAAGAAGUUCAGCAAGUACGCAGGUGGUUGAAGGAAGCAAAGGCUGACAUGAUCCAGGUCUCCUUGGAAUCCGAGUCGUUGACGAGAUUCAGUAUUGCUGCCAUUGAAGAGUUUAUGGAGGACUACAUGAGCAGACCACUUCCUUUGGACAAUAAAGACAUCAAGGGUGUUCCUAAAGAGGCUAUCAUUAAUCCUAGUGCCUCGUACCACUUGUUGGGUAACCAGAGGUACGAUCUUGGAGACCGUGUCAUUUAUGUUCAAGAUUCCGGUAAGGUGCCUAAGUUGACCAAGGGUACAAUUGUGAGCAUCACAGCUGUUGGAACUAAGACUUCUUUGGGUGUUGUUUUCGACGAACCUCUUGUGAAUGGUAACAACAUGAAUGGUAAGUUGAAGACCAACAGAGGAAUGAUCAUUGACUCUUCUCUCGUGUUGAACAUCACCAAUAGACAGCUUGUGUUCCACUCCAAGGCUUCUAAGGACAAGAAGCCAUUGACUGAGCAAGAGAGAGCAGCAAGAGCCAAGCAAGCCGAAGCAGCCAAGGCCAAGCAAGCCGAAGCCAAGCAGAAGGCUGAAAAGGAAAAGUCUACCAAACAUACAAAUGAGAUCCUCUCAUUGCUUAAGCAGAAGAAGGAUGAUGCUGGUGACAAGGAUGACAAGGAAGGCACCAGCAAAGAAAAUGAGGUCAAUGAGGAAGCCGCUCAUCAUGAUGCCAACCGUGUGAGACAACUCUAUGGUCACAUCUACUCCAAUGUCAUGAGCCAGGGAAGCGCUCCACCAAACGGUAUGGUUCUUCCACCUCAUUUGUACGGAGGUAUUCCUCAAGGUUCUCCACAGGGCCAUCCACAGGGCCAGCAGCAAGGUCCUCCACAAGGCCAGCAGAUUCCUGUUGUUCCAGGAGUUCCCUUACCUCCACAGUUCUUCCAGCAAGCUCCACAGGGACAGCAGCCCCCAGCACAGCACCAAGCACAGCAUCAACAGACAUCUACCCCUACUGGGCCAGCUGGAGACAAUGAACAUAAAGGACAAGGCUCCUCGAGAGGCGGCCGUGGCGGCAGAGGCGGUCGUGGAAGAGGUGGCUUCAGAGGUAGAGGCAGAGGCAGAGGCGGCAGAGGUGACUCUAAAGCCCCACAGGACAGCCAAUAG